AUGGGAGUGGCCAACUGCGCACAGUGUCAGGCACCACAGAGUGCAGGAGUAGUUACAUGUACAGAGUGUGCUGCCGGAUCAUACAAAUCACCCAAUACCAACGAAUGCAAAGUCUGCGAUAAAGCUUGUCUGACUUGCAGCGGUGAGGGCGCAACUAAGUGCACUCUCUGUGCGAGCGGGAAAUAUCUCGAUGGGAACAAUUGUGUAGAGGCUAGCAGUUGUAAUGGAGAUAAGUACCCCGACCCAAGCACUGGGAAGUGCACAGCCUGUAACGGUGCAGCAGAUCAGGGGGGCAUACCAGAGUGCACUGCUUGCACGUACGAUGCAAAGCUACAGAAGCCGGUGUGCAGUGCCUGUAACGGUAAGAAGGUGAAGACAGAGCUGGAUGGGACAACAACCUGUGUUGAUAUGAGCUCUGGAUGCCAAGAUGAUUAUCAUUUCAAAGAUGGUGAUACUGCGUGCCUUUUGUGUGGUGAUGAAUCUAAGGGAGUUCCUAAUUGUGCAACCUGUACUGCAGCACAACAAUGCACUAAGUGCCUUCCGGGCUUCUUUAAGACUAGUGAUACAGCUUGUGAUGCUUGUGGUGAUAACUGUGCCACAUGUUCUGUUGCUGGUGAUCCAAAUAAGUGUGAUACAUGCAUGCCGGGAUACUUCUUGGUAACUACUACAGAUCCACAGGGGAAGAAGUGCGUUGCUUGUAGUGAUACAACCAAUGGGGGCCACGAAGGCUGUAGUCUAUGUUCUAACAAUAAUGGGUUCAAGUGCACUGACUGUAAGCCCAACUAUAAGAAGCAGUCCAAUGAAGAUGCAAAUGAUGACUAUACAUGUGUGAAGACCUGCGAGGACCCCACGGCUUGUGGUGGUACUUCUGGUGCCUGCGAUGCCAUGAUAAUAGAUGAUAAGGGCAAUGCAAAGCACUACUGUUCCUAUUGUGGAGAUAGUUCACAAGCUCCUAUAGAUGGUAUAUGCACUAGUGAUAGUGGUAAGAAGGGAGCUAAUACUUGUGACAGUCAUACAUGCACACAGUGUACUGCUGAUUACUUCUUGUACAUGAAUGGCUGUUAUAAGGUUGGUCAAGUACCAGGUAGUCAUAUGUGCAAGAAAGCAGAUAGUAGUGGGAUAUGCACAGAAGCGGCAAGUAAUAAGUACUUCGUAGUACCAGAGGCACAGGCUACUGAUCAGUCUGUGCUAGCUUGUGGCAAUCCUCUAGGCACACUAGUAGAUCCUCAAGGUACUGCUAAGGCAUAUGUGGGGGUCGAGGGCUGCUCACAAUGUAAGGCCCCGACAGCUCCAUCUGAUGGUGGUAUGACCCCCGCUGUCUGUACCUCCUGUGACAAUAGUAAGGUGCCCAACAAGGGUGGCAGUGGGUGUGUGCUGUGCUCUGACACCAACUGCAAGAGCUGUGUGGUGGAUAAUAUAUGUGAAGAGUGUAAGGACGGGCUCUACUUCAAAGCUGGUGAGACACCCAGCUGUGUCAGUGCAGAGGAGUGUAAGGAUGGAUUCUUCCCCACGACCGAUGCACAGGGCAAGAAGGUGUGCGCUAAGUGCAGCGAUACUGCUAAUGGUGGCAUAGCCGACUGUGCAAAGUGCUCUCUCAAGGCAGCGUCUGCAAGAGCAGGUCCAAUAGUUACGUGCUCUGGGUGUGAGACCAAAAGACUGAGCCCCCUUAAUGAUGCAUGUCUGGAGGAGUGCCCUGCCGGCACAUAUCCCGAUAAUCGUGACAGUACCGGCAUUUGCGCUUCCUGUCACAAUACAUGCGCAAGCUGUAGUACUAACGCAGAAACGUCGUGUACGGCCUGCUAUCCGGGGUAUGUGCUGAGUCGGUCAUCUGAUGACACAGGAACGUGCAUAAAAGAGUGCACGGGAGACUUUAUGGCCCACUGCAAGGCCGACGGCUGCUCACUGAACGUCGGAGGCUCGAAGUACUGCGAUCAGUGCGAGGAGGGGUACGCCCCAGUCGACGGCGUCUGCACAUCCAUACCUGCAACAGCGAGGGAUGCCUCCGGAUGUAAGGCAAGUGGCGGGAAAUGCACUGAGUGUGGAGCAAACUACGCUCUGUUAUCGGGCGGAUGCUACAACACACAGAAGCUUCCUGGUAGCUCUGUAUGUACGGCUGCACAGAAUAAGGGACAAUGCCAAACGUGUGCCAAUGGACAAAGCCCAGCUGGAGGAAAAUGUCCGGCGUGUACUGAAGGAUGUGUGAAGUGUGCGGGUAGUAAGGAAACCUGCACAGAUUGCUUAGCAGGGUAUUACAAAACCACUGACAAUAAAUGCGUGAAAUGCACAAGUAACAGUGGAACUGAUGGCAAUGCAAUCACUAGUGUCAAGGGUUGCUUAAACUGUGUCCCUCCUAUUGGUAGCAAUACUGGCUCCGUCCUCUGCUACCUCAUGAAAGAUGGCAACAGUACUGGCAGAAGCACGAACAAGAGCAGCCUCUCCAUGAGGACCAUUAUGGAAAUCUCCGUCGCUAUGGUCGCCAUCGGUGCCUUGGUCGGUUUCCUUUGCUGGUGGUUCAUUUUUAGGGGCAGACGCAUCGAUGCGUCCCCCAGUACUAUGACGCUCAUUCCCUCCAAGUCGAUAUAG